UGCUAAAGGCAAUCCGCACCCAACAUUCUCUCUCUCUCGCUCUCUCUCUUUCUUUCUUUCACUCAGGUCUUCUUGGAAAAGAAAGCAAGGUCUGGUCUUUUUCAUUAGUUGAACUUCAACUAAGAUGUGAAAACCACUUUUCUUAAGCUUCGGAUUGAGGUGCUUACCUUUGCCCCUUCUUUCUCUCCUCCUCUCUCUCAAAAGGGUUUGCUUCGGCUUUGGCUUUGGAUUUGGUUUCUCUAGUAAUGGCGGCUAUCGUUUCUUGUUUUCAAACACUCCAAGUUUCCCCCAAGGCCAUGGAUGUCUUCAGCUAAGCCCCCGAGAGAAAUCAUUAGUCUGUUCUAGUUCUAUCUUUGUCUUGGAUUCUUGGUCGUUGGACUACCAUCUAGUUUCUUGGGGAUGGAGUAUUGGAGUACAAGUACUAGGAAGCUUGCAUGUCUGGUGUUAGUCUAAGAUCAUUGUGGAUACAUAUACUAGGUCAUGUCUGGUGUUUAGAGAUCUUUCACAUAAAACCCAGUUGCCUAGAUCUUUCAAAGGAGUUUUGCUUGUUUUGGUUUGAUUUUGUUACCUACCCUUUCGUGUGAAAAGCGACCAUGGAGGACAUGUACAGGCUUGAUAAUCCUGCAAUCUCGCGCUCGAAUGAUAUUGUAAGGGUUGAUAACUUUGCUGCAGCAAACUUUUCUGGAGCCGUGACCACUGAUUUUCUCAGCCCGGUUGAUAAUAUACUUCAAUUUGAUCACCAAGCAGCUGAUACAGAUGUUACUGGAUCGGACAUGUCUGAUCUGAUCAAGACCCAGAUCGCCAGUCACCCUCGUUAUCCAAACCUAGUAUCUGCUUACAUAGAAUGCCAAAAGAUUGGAGCACCGCCUGAGUUGGUGUCUCUUCUUGAAGAAAUUGGCCGAGAGAACCACCCUAUACGGGGUUGCAGUGAGAUAGGAGCUGAUCCAGAACUAGACGAGUUCAUGGAAUCAUACUGUGAAGUUCUUCACAGAUACAAAGAAGAGCUAUCAAAGCCGUUCGAUGAAGCGACAACCUUCUUGAGCAACAUCGAAUCACAGCUAAGUAAUCUCUGUAAAGGAGCACUGACAAAAACCUUGGCGACAUUUACCGGACCUCAUAUGCUUUGCUUGACAGAUGAAGCUGCUGGGACUUCUGAGGAAGAGUUAAGCGGUGGGGAGGCGGAGGCUUCUGAGAGUCAAGAGUCUGCAGUUGCCCGUCCAUGCCAGGACAUCAAAGGAAUGCUCAUGCGCAAAUACAGUGGCUACUUGAGCAGUUUGCGAAAAGAAUUCUUGAAGAAAAGAAAGAAGGGAAAGCUACCGAAAGAUGCAAGGAUGGCACUGCUAGAAUGGUGGAACAAUCACUAUAGAUGGCCAUAUCCUACGGAGGAGGAGAAGUUGCAGUUGUCUGAGAUAACAGGAUUGGACCAGAAGCAAAUCAACAAUUGGUUCAUCAACCAGAGGAAGCGGCACUGGAAACCAUCUGAGGACAUGAAAUUUGCUCUCUUCGAGGGUGUUGCUGGAAACGCGGGAGGACCAAUGUAUCUAGAUGCUGGAGUUGGAACUGGAAGUGAUAAUAUUUGAUCAAAAAACAACAGGACUACCCCUCCCCCACAUGUAAUAAUUUAGUUUCGCAAUAUGUUUUUUCAUCUGCAAUCCUCACAUGUAUAUGUAAAUCUUGUUAUUUUUAAUCUUUUACGUAAUUUUUCUUCCAAGUUAUUAA